UGCACUGGUGGAUUGAUAGAAUGAAAACAGGCACCAGAAGAAUCUAUUCAUUCGUGGUUGUGGACUGCUUUUUAACUUGGAAGUACAGGAUGCUGUAAUAUAUAAAGCAGAUGUAUCUUAUUGUAUGAGGUAUAUAAGAAGAUUAUUUCCUCAAUCUGGAUUGAGUUACAUGUAGGGAUUGUAAAUUAUAGUCUCCAAUAGAAUGGCAGACCGAAAAGCAGUGAAAAUUGUCAGUGGUCAACCAGACUUUCUGCAGUUUAACAACCUGGCCUGUGAGACAGCUGGAGGGAAAGUUAUUUUUGCUACAGACGAAUGGUUUGCACCAGCUAGCAAUCUUUUGAAGAGAGAGCCGCCAGAGUUCAUAGCGUCUGCAUUCACCGAGUACGGAAAAUGGAUGGACGGCUGGGAGACGAGAAGGAAAAGAAUACCUGGUCAUGACUGGUGCAUCAUCCAGCUGGGUGUACCUGGCAUCAUACAUGGCCUGGAUGUGGACACGUCCUUCUUUACUGGAAACUACUCGCCCUCUGCCUCUGUUCAGGCUGCAUGUCUGGAUGAGGCCCCAGCACUGACCCUGGAGGGAGACCGCACUGGCACGGCUGCUUCCGAGAGCCAGUUUGAAGCAGUUGCUAAGUUGCACUCUGAGUCGUGGGAGGAGCUUGUUCCUGUGACAGAGCUGAAACCUGGAUACUCCGACACCUGUCAUAACUACUUCCCAAUCGCCUACCCCAGCAGAGUCACCCACCUACGACUCAACAUGUACCCAGAUGGGGGGAUUGCUAGACUGAAGGUCUAUGGCGUUGGGCAGAAAGACUGGUCUGCCCUGCCCACACAGGACCAGCUGGACCUGGUGGCCCUGGUCAACGGUGGGGUCUGUCUGGGCUACAGCGACGCCCACUUUGGCCACCCCCGGAAUAUGAUUGGUUUGGGAAGAUCUGCAAACAUGGGCGAUGGAUGGGAGACAGCCCGUCGACUGGACAGACCCAAAAACCUACAGGUGGAUGGGAAGGGCAUCCUACAGGUACCAGGUUAUGAGUGGGCAGUUCUCAGACUGGGGCAUCCCGGAGUCAUCAGCCAAAUUGAGAUAGACACCAACCACUUCAAAGGAAACUUCCCAGACUCCUGCAAGAUAGAAGCGUGCUAUCUGACCCCCGAGGAGGAAGGGAAGUAUGUGAGUGGCAGGUGGAGCAGCGAUCCAGGAAACAAAUGGCGGGUGCUUCUGCAGCCUCAGAAACUGCAGGCCCAUCACAGGCACUUUUACUCAUGUGACUCGCUGGCGCUGUCUGGGCCGGUCAGUCACGUGCGUCUGGUCAUCGCCCCAGAUGGAGGGGUCAGCAGACUCAGACUCUGGGGACGUCCGACUUCCACAAGACACACCUCCAAACUGUGAUGCAUUAGGCCACAUUAUUGGAUGAGUUUUGCUGAGCUCAUUGUGGAAAUGAAUGGCCUGAGUGUAACAUGUAGGCUACAUAUGAAGCUUAAAAAAUAAACUUUCAUCUGAAAAGAUA